UGUCCCAUAGUAAGCUUAAAACGAAGCCGGUUAUAACACUCUGCAUCUCUGCGAUAGUCACAGGCCAGGGAUAUAGAUUAACUCACUCUCUAAGUCUCUAGAGUUGCUACACAAAUAAGACAAUUAGACAGUGUGCAUACACAGGCCACGAGUAACCAAAAAACGUUGUAAGUAGGUACUGGUAGGUAAUUGUACCGGUUGCACGUUGUCUUGCAUGGAAGAAGUAAAAACAAUUCACCGAAGUUUAGAGUUAGCGUAAGGAGGAAAAAAAUUGAAUAAUGUCAUCUUACACUGGAAACUCAAGCUCGUUGUCCAAGUGGCAGCUAGCUCUGGUGGUUGGGGCACCGGUAGCUUUCGGUCUAGGCUACCUCUGCUACAGGAACUACGUGAACGACAAGCCAAAAGACGAGGAACACGCUAAAGCCCUCAAGCGGAAUAACGUGUUUUCUAGCUCAGUAGAUGGGGACGACGAGAAGAGCUCGAGCAUCGCCAAACCUACGGUUGCCGAGAAGCCCACCGCUCGGUCUGAUGUGUUUAAGACAGAAGGGAACAAGUUAUUUCAGUCAGGUAAAUUUGAUGAAGCCAUUGAACAGUACAAUCAGGCCAUAGAAGCAUGUCCACCAGAAUGUAUAGAAGAACUUGCAACAUAUUACCAAAACAGAGCAGCUGCUUAUGAAAAAUUACAAAAAUAUAGCUCAGUUAAAGCAGACUGUAACAAAGCUCUCGAACUGAAGCCCAAAUAUGUAAAAGCUUUAGUUCGUAGAGCAAAGGCCUUGGAACAUUUUGAUGAUCUAGUAACUGCUUUAGAAGAUAUUUCUGCUGCCUGUAUACUUGAAAGAUUUGGAAACCCAACUACAGUUGGCAUGGCGGAUAAAAUUUUGAGAGCGUUAGGUGCAAAGCACACAGAGGAAUAUGUAAAAACAAGAAAGCCAGUGAUGCCUAGCAAGUACUUUAUCAGAACGUAUUUCUCAGCCUUUCAGCAUGACCCUAUAACAUCAGCAAUAAAUGAGCAAUCUAAUAAAGAAGACUUAACGUCAUAUGAAGAGGCUCUGAAGGCUGUAAAGAAUCAAAAUUACGAUGAUGUAAUACCACUUUGCACCAAGGCUUUAAACAACCUUGAGGCGGAAAAUGAUUCAAUACAUAAGUUGAAAAUACUUCUGCUGAGAGGUACUUUCAAUCUAUUGUUGGGCAUGUAUGAAGAUGCCUUGUCUGAUCUUAGUAGUGUAAUAAAUAGCGAUGUUACCAGUAAAGAAUUAAAAGUCAACGCUUUGAUUAAACGCGCAAGUAUGCACGUACAGCUUGAACAGCCGGAAAAGAGUUUCGACGAUUUUGCCCAGGCUGUCGAGCUUGACCCUGACUGCAGUGAUAUCUACCAUAAUAGAGGACAGGUGAACUUGUUAUCAGAAAAAAUAGAAGAAGCCAAAGCUGACUUUGAUAAAGCUGUGGAGCUCAAUCCAGACUUUGGGGUGGCGUUUGUUCAAAAAUGUUACACAGAUUAUCGUAAUUCUGUCACGCUAAGAGAUAUAAACAUGAUACAAGAAUCGAUUGAAAAUUUCAACAAUGCAUGCACGAAAUUCCCCGAUUGUGCUGAAUGCUUUAAUUUGUAUGCACAGGUAUUGGCAGAUACAAAUGACUUUCCGAAAGCCGAUAUGUACUUUGAAAAAGCUGCAAAUAAAGAUCCGAAGAAUGCAACCAUUCUUGUACAAAGAGGAUUAUUACAUUUACAAUGGAAGAACGAUUUCAAUUUAGCUAUAAAUCUCAUUAAGAAAGCAAUAGAAAUUGAUGAUAAAUGUGAAUUCGCUUAUGAAACUUUGGGUACCAUUGAAGUUCAAAGAGGAAACUUGGAAUACGCGAUUGAGUUAUUUGAAAAAGCAUUGGCCCUGGGACGCACUAAUAUGGAAUUGUCGCACCUUUUCAGUUUGCGAGACGCAUCGAAGGCCCAACUUUCGGUAGGCUUGAGACUCGGAGUUGAUUUGAAGUCGACUUUGGAUACAAGGGGUUUUAUGGCGUAAAAUUUUUUUCCAUCUCAAAAAUCUG